AUGGUAGACUCUGCAUUAAAUCAACUUAUUAUUAAUAAAUCAAAAUGUGAUCAUACUGGUGUUCAUUUUCCAACCUAUGUUCGUAAACAACUUAAACAUGGUAUCGUUCAUUUAAGCGUUGGUAAUUUUCAUCGUUCACAUUUAGCUUAUUAUAUGGAUAUAUUAGCAAGUGAUUAUGAACAAACAGAAUGGGGUAUUAUUGGUAUUGGUGUUCGUUCAGUCGAUAAACCUAUAAGUACAGUUAUGAAAACACAAGAUUGUUUAUAUACAUUAGUAUCAAAAGGAACUGAUAAAACUGAUAUUAAUAUUCGAAUCAUUGGUUCUUUAACUGAUUAUAUAUUUGCACCUGAAGAACCUGAAAAUGCAUUGGCUAUACUUAUUCAUCCUAAUACAAAAAUUGUUUCAAUGACAAUUACUGUUAGUGGAUAUGAUUUAGAUAUGAAUCAUCCUGAUAUUCAACAUGAUUUACAAAAUUCUGAUAAACCAAAAACAGUUUUUGGUUUUCUUGUACAUGCACUAGAUGCACGACGUCGAAAUAAUGAUAAACCAUUUACAAUAAUGUCAUGCGAUAAUGUACAACAAAACGGUGAAGUUACAAAAAAAUGUAUUCUAAAAUUUGUUCAACAUUUGAAUAAUGCCGAAUUACUUGAAUAUAUUGAAACAAAAGUGACAUUUCCAAAUGCUAUGGUCGAUCGAAUUACACCAGCAACAACUGAUACCGAUCGUGAAUAUAUUCAAUCACAUUAUGGUAUUGUCGAUGGAUGGCCAGUAAUAGCCGAAAACUUUAUUCAAUGGGUUAUUGAAGAUUCAUUUUGUAACGGUCGUCCUCCACUUGAAUUACUUUCAUCAUCACAAUAUAAUGUUCUUCUUACUGAACAUGUUGAAGCAUAUGAAUGUAUGAAAAUGCGUCUUCUUAAUGCAUCACAUACAGCUAUGGCUUCCCUUGGUUUUCUAAUGGGAUAUACUUAUAUUCAUGAAAUAAUCUCAGAUCAAUAUAUUAAAACAUAUAUCAAACGAUUAAUGUAUCAAGAAAUAACACCAACUCUACCACCAGUACCGGGUAUCAAUUUCGAGAACUAUAAACAAACAUUAAUUGAACGUUUUUCAAAUCCACAUAUCAAAGAUAAUGCAUUAAGAAUAUGUAUGGAUGGUGCAUCAAAAUUUCCCAAAUUUAUUGUACCUACUAUUAUGGAACAGUUUAAACGAGGAAAUAAUCCUCAUUAUUGUGCAUUAGCAAUUGGAGCUUGGAUAAGAUAUCUAGGUGGAUAUGAUGAACAAAAUAAACCAAUUAUAUUACAAGAUGUUGUAGCAACUGAACAUAAACUUGAUAAAUUAGCUAGUAAAACAAUACUUGAUGUUAAACAAAUUUUAAAUGUUCAACAAGUAUUUGGUGUAAUCGGACAACAUCAGCAAUUUACUGAUGAUGUUGAACGAGUUGUUAAACUUAUGUAUGAAAUUGGAUCGAAAGAAACACUUAAAUAUUGGAUAAAUGAAGAUGUAAUUAAUAAACAAUAA